UCUACACCCUUAGCACCUAGUGCAAGCUUUCAGUGAUUUGUAGUGAGCAGGCUCCCAAGAAGAGCAGAGGAGGAUUUCAGCCAAGGUGCAUUGUCCCUGCAAGUGGAGAUGACUCUGGCAGCAAGUGUCCUGCUGAGCUUGGUGCUGAGUAGCUGUGGUUCCUGGGGACAAGACUGGCUGUCUAUUACAUGUGGUUUUGAAACUGGUCCUGCCCGUGAAUUGAGAAAGUGGCACAAUCUAACACCAGCAGAUCUUCAUAAUCUCAGUGCCCAGUUAGUCGAAACAGAAGUGGAGACAUACUUCAGAUCCUAUCUUAUAAAUAUCAGUUGGAGCCUCAGCAUAGAUGCCAGCAUCAAAGUACUGACAGCCACAAAGAUCUGUGUGAUGAGUAAAGGAACUAGAGAGCAUUUUGAGUGUAUUCGGUGCAAUUACACAGAGAAGUUUCAAAGUCAAACCACGUUUGGACAUAGAAGAUGGCAGUUCCACUACAUUGGAUUCCCUGUAGAACCAGAUAUGUUUUAUUUGAUCAGUGCUUACAAUCUCCCCCCCGCGAAUAUAUAUGAGGAUUCUCCAUCAAAAUCAAUCAUGUUAACUUCACCAGGUUGUAAAGAUAAUGUAAUGAAAUACAGCAGAAAUUGCAUAGAAGUGGGAAGUCUGUGGAAUCCAAAUAUAACUGUAUGUAAAAUAGUGGCAGAAGUAGAAGUGAAUUUUACAACAAGUAGCCUUGGGACCAAAUAUGCCAUACUUCUCCAGGAGUGUGAGGAAUGUGAUGUAUCAGCUGAAAUGGACUUGAUGACAAAGAUCAAUGAAACUAGAACUUCUGUUAGAAUACCAGUGAGUGAUCAAAGCAACAAUCUUUCUGUACAGAUAAUUCCUUAUUUUCCCAAAUGUGGCACUGAUUGUCCAAGGCGCAAGGGAACCCUAACAGAGUGUGUUCAAAACCAAGGAACCAUCACAAUUAAUUCAGCUGGAAGAUACGUAUUUUACAUCCUUGCUGCUUUAUGUGUAAUUCUGUGUGUGGUUACUGCUGUAGUAUGUUUCAGAAGGAUCAAUGAUACAAAGCAAAUGUUCUUCCUUCGUACAGCGUUACAACAACCUGUUAAAGUACUAGUUAUAUAUCCAAAAGAAAUAUGUUUUCAUCAUACUGUCCUGGUUUUUGCUGAUUUUCUUCACAAGUGUUGUCAAAGUGAUGUUAUUAUUGAUAUGUGGCAGAAAAGGAGAAUUGCUGAACAGGGCCCAGUACAAUGGCUUGCUUUUCAGAAAGAAGUUGCAGACAAGUUAUAGCAGUUCCUUCCUGGUGUUUGAAUCAACUACUAAGUAACCUGAGUGUAUUUAAGAAUCAACACUUGUUUUCCACCCUGACUGAAUUCAAGAAGGAAACCAUGGGAUAGGUCACUAACACCAAAGUUUGGAUCAUGAAAUCAUCUGCCCCAUAUGCAAGUCAGUUGACACGGAUAACCAUGUGGAAUUAGGAAAUGUUUAUUGGACAAAUUUGAUUUGAAGACUACCAAAUCUCUAUAAAUAUGUAUGUUUUCUGUAAUACAGAUCGGCUACCACAUUUAAAAAAAUAAUUGUUUUAUACAGUGAGUAUAUACAUUUAUUUAUGUUACAGCAAAACUAGCAACAAUAUUUAAUUUGGACAGACAUAGAUACCAUAUUGGGUUGCUUACAGUAUUCGGGAAGGUAAAAGGUUAGGGACAGACCAUCGUCAGCUGCCUGCAACAGUAGUACAGGAAUGGCACGCUGAUAUUGCUCACUGAGAUUAUACCGUUUAAACAUAAAUACAUUUUUUUCAGAGAAUUUUCAGUGACAGGAAAAUUAGCUCC